AUGAGACGCAUGAAAUAUGCCGACGUGGUUACUCGCCCUAUCGAGGUGGAAGUUGAAGCCGAUAGCAACCCUAACUCUGAACCGCAGGCAGAACCUCCGAAAUGCACGGCGGACGAUGAGGUACUUCGUGCGCAAGGUCAUGAAGCAGCACUAAAGAGAUCUUUCUCAAUUUUGGCAUCUUUAGGCCUUGCAUUUAACAUCACCAAUUCUUGGGUCGGGCUUUUGAGUAAUUUUGGACAAAACCUCAAAUACGGAGGAUACCAAGUGGCUUUGUUUUCAGUUUUAAUUGCCUGCUUUGUACAGUGGGCUAUAACACUGGGACUGUCUGAGCUUGCUUCGGCAUUUCCCUCAUCUGGGGGCCAAUACCAUUUCGUAUAUAUCAUUGCUUCUAAAAAUACUCGGAGAUUUGGUGCUUUUGUCACAGGUUGGAUGUCUAUACUCGGAUGGUGGAUGGCAGCAUGCUCCGGCAUAUCUCUUGUGGCCAACACAAUUCUGGGACUCGCACAAUUUCUGCAUCCAGAAUUUGAAAUCAAACAAUGGCAUCUAUACUGUGUGUAUUUGACGAUUCUAAUAAUUACAAUGAUGCCUCUCCUAUUAUGCCCCGAACGAAUACCACUCAUCACGAUAUUGUCCCUCUAUCUGACUCUCUCUGGAUUCGUGGUAUGGGUUGUCACAAUCCUAGUCAUGCAUAAGCAUGGCAAUUCUGCAUCAUCCAUCAUUCGACCAGGAACGGGAACAAGUGGAUGGAAUGGUGGCACUGCAUGGCUACUAGGGGUCAUCAACUCGAUGUAUAGUUUUGGAUGUACAGAUGGAGCCAUUCAUAUUGCCGAAGAGAUACGUCUACCAGGUCGUCGACUUCCGCAAAUCAUGAACUUGACCAUGGCCAUUGGCCUUUGCACAGCAAUACCAAUGAUAACCAUUAUAGUUGUUACCGCGAAGGACAUGGAAAAAGUCAUGAACGCCGGAAUGCCAGCUAUCGAGGUCGUAUACCAACCCACAGGCUCGAAAAGGGUUACCAUAGCAUUGAGCGUACUCUUGACCAUCAUAUACGCUUCUUGUCUACCGCCUCAAUGGGUGACCUGUGGACGCCUGGCUUGGGCAUUUGCACGAGACGGAGGGACACCUUUUCCCGGUUUCUUCACCAAGGUGGACGAGAAACUUCAAUUCCCCCUUCGUACGACUAUAGCUUCUACUAUCUUCGCUGCUCUCUAUGGGCUGAUCUACUUGGCCAGUACGACUGCUUUCAACUCAAUCAUCACAUCUGCGAUAACACUACUGAAUCUGAGUUACGCGGUGCCUCAAGCUCUCUUGGCCACACGUGGCCGUGAAAAAUGUCUGCCAAAAAGACCGCUGGACCUUGGACGCUGGGGAUAUGCUUGUAAUAUCUUUGCGCCACUUUGGUCUGCUCUGAUGUGUGUGAUGGUCUGUUUCCCACCAGGUCUUCCUGUGACAACGGCCUCGAUGAAUUGGAGUGCACCGAUAUUGGUCGCCUUGACUCUUGUUAUUCUUGCAUUUUGGUUUUUAAUUGGCGAAAACUUCAAGGGUCCUGAUAUCGACUGGGAUGCUUUGAAUAUCAAGGUCGAGACGCGAAGCAACGUCGAAGCAGCUUAA